UGUCACUCGAUCGCAGAUGCAAUUGCAUAGAUCUAUUAUUAUUAGUCUUUUGAAAGAAAUACGUUUCGCAGUUAUCUUUAUUUCUUACUAUUGCCAAGUAAUAAUUGCGAUUGCAGACGAAGAUUGCAUAUAUGCUCCACUGAUUGCUGCUCAAUGCUUCUAGCAUCUACCAUGUUGGCUGCUUCUAACAAUGGAACGUUCGGCUACACACCACUUUCCCACUUCAUCAACACCGUUUUACGUGGUGCUGCCCUCUGCUCCUCCAAUCGCCUCUUUUCAAAUCCUACGCUGCUUCAAAUGUGCAAAAUUGGUGGAAGCAACUUCUACAGAUGACCUUGAAUCCCUGGGAAUGGUCCAGAUAGGGUACAAUCUUCACUACUGUAGAAGAUGUGCUGAUAUGGUUGGUUAUACGUCAUUAUCUUAGUUAGUGGAGGUGGGUAGAGGACUUUUGCUCAACGAUGGUAACUAAAGCUCGUCGCUGCAGUUCACCCAGUGCGUGAGAGAACAAGUGCUCUGUCUGGAGGAUCAACGGGUAUUAGCUUUGGUAGAAACAGUAUGAAAACGGCUAUCAAUUCAUUCACCCCAGUUGGCUUGAUG